AUGGAAGCAUCUUCUCGUGUCACAACGACCAUUUCCACAACCACUCUGGUGCCUGGAAUAACACAACCGGAUGGAUUGGCCCCAUUGGAUUUGCUGGCUCGUUAUCCUAUGCAGCACCUGCUUCUCGAUCGAUUCUCAUCGAACACUAUCGUUGUGGAUCGAUACCUGAGUCCGCUCUGGCUACCAUUCGCUUUGAUCGGGUGUACUGUGUGCACAGUGGUCUACGCAUUCUCCAGUUGCAAGUGUUCCCAGAGAGUCGCAUCGUCAUCAACAAAUCGAUUUGGCAUUUCAAGCGGGAUAAACAUAACACAAUCCGUCUAUCUGACGAGUAUCUCCAUUGUCCUAUUGAUCCGGGCAAUUCUAGUGAUCUUGAUCGACCUGGAUACGGCUUGGGACACGGGAUUGUUAGCAUGGAAUCAACUGUUCUGCCCCUUGACACAUACCCUGUCCACGGCGAGCAAAUUGGCCAGCGCACUACUCACAUUAGCUUUGGGUAUUGAAGCACUCUGCAUGAAUUAUCCAAAAUCCAGAGUGUUGCUCUAUUCACCUAUUCGCUACUUUGUCGCUCGUGGACGAUACAGAAAAUCCGUACAUUUGACUGUCGCUUUGAUUCUUACAAGUUUGGCUUUUGGUUUGUUGGAAACCGCUUAUUGGCGUGUACAAUACUACUUACCGUCUGUGCUUGGGCAAGGUUCACACAUCUAUCAAGGUCACGCCCCACGACCCCUGGCACGAUGCGAAGUGACCGGCAGUUUUCAUCACAUGUUUACCACUCGUGUAGACCGCUCUUCUGUUGAUGGUUUCUUGGACGAGGCCACGAAUCAGUACGGGUCCGCUACACGCUUGGCUGCGAGUUACGCGGAUUACAAAUGGAUCAGUGGCAUUACAGUGGACUCAAUUAUCUCCCUGGCCAGUAUCUGCGUCUCACUUGCUGUUCUACGAGCCCAGUUGAUGACGACGGGAGAUCGUGAAAUGCUUGCCGAUAGACGAAGUCGAAUGGGUUCAGCCUAUUCGUUAUUAACAAAACAGGAUUUAGGUCACGUGAUCGCACUCAAUUUGAUUCAGGGUUUGUGUCGUUUACCCGAAGAAUUAUUCGCUAUGCUUGAGCCGUUGACGAGACCGGGAGAAGUAAAUCUCACGGAUGCUGAGAUCGAGUUGGAUGGAACAUGGCAACGGUAUUUUAUGAUGUUCACCGCCCGUGUUGUUUGUAGCGAACUAGCCGACUUUCCGGGAGCCUGCAUCCUCCCGGUCUGCCUGGUGUUCAGUCCACAAUUUCGAACACAGUUUUGUGACAUAUUUGGUUGUUGGUUUCCGGUCUCAAAACUUCCGAAUCGAGGUCACGCAGCACAGCAAAUACGUAGUCAAUCAGAAAGCGCUGUUCACGAUUCGGAUCCCGGAAGUUGGGCGAAUUACGUGAACGAAAUGUCUUGUUGUUCUCCCUUGUCCUCAAGGCAACCCAUGCAACGAACCCCUCAUACGCAUCCGGAGUCAGAACGAUCACAGAUGAGUCCCGUGAACACCAGAUUGACUGACGGACCCAGGCCACUGUGGAAAUGGGGUCAAGGUUGGGUGAUAUCACAACCGUCUGUCGACCGUGGCCACACAAAGCAAUAUGCUCAAAUUAAACGAACUUUGACUUCUUCCGAACCGCUGUAUCAUCCUUCGGAUAGAAAAAUGGCCUCAAAUCAAACACGGUUCGUUCCCUACGGACGCGGAUUGGAAAUUGGGUCUGGACGAAUGAUGGCGCAUGCCACAUACCAACAGAGAGCUGCUUCUGUCAAUGAUCUACUGUAUGAUCCACGUCAGAACGCGGACAAUUGGUCCAAGUCAUUGCCUCGAGUACACAAUCAAGCGGAGUGGUUUGAGCCGCGAUCGUAUGUGUAA